AUGCUCAGAGCUGCUCGUUAUAAAGCAUUCCAUAUUGGUCCCUGCUUUGAACUUUUGUUUAUGAUUGUUAUCGAAGUGCAAGUUAGACUCUAUAGCUUUGAAAAGACGCCAACACCAGAAGAAAGGCGGGAACUGUUAAUGUGGGGUAGGAUGGGUCUUGAAUGUGCUGAAGAGGAAACUUUGGACACUAAAAAUAUGUGGAGAAGAUCGUUUGUUUUGAGAAUGAUAUUCUGCUUGCUUGGUCUCUGGAACCGGGCAAACGUUAUUAAAAACUGUCCUGUUGACGCAACAUGCAUUGAAGAAGCAAAGGAACUUCUUGCCGAUAUAGAUAGAAACUGGACUGGUAUAGAAACAAGACGAAACAUGUUUGACUAUGUUGCUAGAGCUAGAAUAGCGGAGUUAACAAAACCAAACCAAGACUGCCUUGACAAUUUACAAAAGUCUAAGAACCUUGCCGAUGAAGGCAACUUUGACGAGUUAGAAUUCAUUUCAACUUACUUUGAUCAGGUAAACUCUCUCACGCAUCUGAGAAGUCAAUAUAAAGGCACCAUAGAAGGGGGAGAACCUGAGACGGAAGUGCUUGAUGAAAUGAUAUUAGAUGAAACAAGAAACUAUGCUUUAAUCAAAAACCCGUCAUUUAACCAGAGUCUCGACACUAUCAGCAUCCGUACAUUUGAUGAUGACGAAACCAUUCCAAAACUCAGGCUUUACUCUCCAGUAGCAUGGAAUUUAAAAUAAAAAAUGGCCCUUCUUCAUCUUCGUUCAGAUGAAGACACACAUCCAUCGGUUGAAUAUCGGUUAAGAUGUGAAGAAGAUAAUACCUCUCAAGACACAAGCAGUCAGUCAGUAGACUUCGAGCGAGAGAACGACAAUUUUAAUGAAACCCAGAAGUCUUUCGUUUAUCGAUGAAAGCAAUAGUUCAAUCACAGAUACGAGGGUGACAGUAUUCAAACCAGGCAUAUCUGGUAGUGUUUGCAUGGAAAGCAUUAGAACUAAACUGGAAAGCCAUACAGAGCCAAAGGAAAUAUACUGUAUGCAACAAAUGAGCGCUAGUUUCGAAGGUGAAAGUACAACUCAAUUUCCGAAAAGAAAGGAUGUCGUAAAAACAGAAAUAUGUGAAAGACCAAAUGUUGAAGAGGACUUUCUAAACUAUGGGCAUGAACAUGACUAUAGAAUCUACCAAGAGUUCCAGAAGCCAGACUUCGUCAAUAAAAGUAAUGAAUCGAAGUUGUCAGUUCGAUUACCAUUAAGUGGCCGCACAUCAGCCGGCAACAGCGAUGCAGAUUCUUUAACGAAACCUAAAUGUUUGGUUUCCGCUGGACAAACGUUCACUACACAAAACCACUUACGUGGUGGAGAUCCGAAUGUCAUAGAAACGUUUGGUACUUUUAAAACUUCAGAACUAUGCAUGUCUAAUACUGGCAUGGAAGUCCGAAUUUCACCUGCCGGCCGUGACAGUGCUGGCAACACACCAUAUCAAACAAGAGAAAGGUCUUUAGGUUCUCAAGAAGGUAAUCAGAAAGAAGGACACUCAAGCGUAGAACAUUUAAAUGUGUACCAGUCGUUCAAAGAGUCAGAUUUAUCCGACAAUCUGUCUUCUCUAGAUAGCGAUGAUAUGUUUGGUGAUUGACAUGAUGCAUGCGCUGAAUCUUACUGAGCCAAAGCUUUACGAAGGACAUCCACACUGUUAGGUGAUUGACACGUUACAUGUGCUGCAUCUUACUGAGCAGAAGAAAGUGAACGAGCUUUUAACAAGGACAUGUACAAUAUUUGGUUGCAAGGUUUCAAUUCGUAUGUUUUGGUUGCAUGUGCAUCUUUUUUCGUGUUCAUGGUAGGGUUGGUGACAUAUCACUCCGCAUUUUGCGUGUUGUUUCAUAUCUUCGUAGCUUUCUUGAAUGCUUUCAAGUGUUAAAAGAGUUUAUGUUGUUAAGUGUUAUUUUUUCCCAAAAAAAGUCAGUAUGGACUCUAAGUUUCGGUCCUGAUAGUUUUGUUUGCUGUGUAUGUCCAGCUAUGAAUUUGGGAUUUCUGGUAACCUGAUAUUCUUUUUUUGUGUUUUAUUGCGUUGAAAGAAAGAAAGUUAUUCUAAAUAUCAUUUUACAGAUAAGAUUGUUUUAUUACCCGAAAGGUUUCAAUUCACGUUCGAUUCCAGUUGAAAUUAAAAAGAGAAUAAACAAG